ACGCCCGAGGGUUGUGAGUGGACGGCCGGAGGUAGCUGGGCUCCUACUCUAUGGUCGUCAGCCCUCUGUACCUCCUCUCUAGCCGCCCGCGCUCUAUGCUCCGCGGUCAGGGGCCGCCGGCCGCCAGCCCGCCCGCCGGGAGGGGUGCGCAGAGAGAGGCGGGGCGGGAAGGCAAGAGGUGUCCCCUCCACCCGAACGGCGGGAGACCCGAGCAAGCUCUGUGACAGCUCGUCGGCCGCCAUGUCAGCGAGCGGGGCUGGAAACAGACCCGGCGCCCGGUGGUAGCCCUCCUUUCGUCUCCCGUUCCCAGACAUUGAAGGACUUUGAUGAAACUUAAAUGAUUCAACAAAAGAUGCUCUAAUGGAUGACAGAGAAACUCCUACAUAUAAUCUGCAGAGAGAACCACAAGAUGGAUGCCAUCCUGGUGACGGUGUGGAAAGUCUAGUAACGUGCUUGCCCUCUGCAUCAGAUGAAAAUGAAAACCAACUUGAUGGGGAUGGGUGUGAGCGUCUGACCAGCAGUGACGGUGCAAUGGGCAAAGCUGGAGUGUUUGAGCAGGACACUCUCAACAAUAAUGAAAGCUGCUCACCAAGUUGUGAGGUGGCUGCAAGCGAGAACUCAGAAAACCCUUCUUGUGAAGUCCCCAAAGAUGGACAGGCCUUUUUGGGAAAGGACAAAGAAAUACCUGGAAAAAGAAGUUUAAAAAGCAAAAGAGGCACUGUUAAGAAGAUACCACAAGGGUUUUCCUCAGGAGAUACCACACAUUUAAUGCAAGAAAAUAGACUUCAUGAAGCCUCUCAUGCUGUUAGUGAUGAAGAGCCUGCAGAAGUAAAUGCUAAUGAUCAACUAGAAGGCCCGAAGCUCAUUCUGCAGUCUCUGUUCUCUCUUAUACGAGGUGAAGUUGAGCAGUUGGAUUCAAGAGCACUUCCCCUUUUUCUUCAUCAGAUAGCUGAAUCCUAUUUCCAGGAGGAGGACUAUGAGAAAGCAAUGAAAUUCAUUCAGCUUGAACGACUGUAUCAUGAGCAAUUGCUCACAAAUCUUUCUGCCAUUCAAGAACAGUGGGAAACAAAAUGGAAAACUGUAGAGCCACAUGCAGUUACAUCUUUAAGGAAUUCAGAAAAAGGAUUUAAUGGUGAAGAUUUUGAACGGCUUACUAAAUUUUGUACAACACAUCAAGAUCCCCUUUUAUCCAAAUGUAAGAUAGCAGCUGUACAGAAGUCCCUGGGAAGGAAAUGCUUUACGCAGUUAGUAGUGUCUGAAGAUCCAAAGGAAAGAGGAGCUACAGCCAAAGAGCCUGAGAGUGAAACCUGUCUUGGCAUGGAUUCAGGGAAAGAAGGCCAACAUAACAAAGAGACCAGGGAGAGCAGUCCCUGCUGUAAUCAGGUGGACAGGCAGGCAGAUCCCCCCGGCCUUGUGGUAACUGCAGGGAAGAGCCACACGGAGGAGCCGCUCUGCAGCACUGAAGCCACGCUGGAGCUCCACGCCCAGCCCUUGGAGUCUGCCGGGAGCAGGUCUGGGCCACACUCUGCCGAGAAUGCUUGUGAGGACAACAGCCGCCUGCAGCUGGCUCACACCGAGGCCGGCCAGGAUGUGGCCGGAUCAGAGGGCAUUGCUGAAGAUGCGAAGGUUUCCAGUGAGUCAGUGAUAGUGCCGUUGAUUUUACCAGGCUCUGACCAUAUACCUCCUGUGUUGAUUUCUGAAGGUAAAUAUUCACAGACGCGAAGAAAGGAACUCCAUUUGCCACUUCAGGAUGCUUCUGAGGCGUUGCCCACAGAUCAACUUGAGAAUAAUGAAUUAACUGAGCUGCAGCAACCUGAUCUCACAGACAGUGAUGGAAAAUCACCACAGAGGCAGACUGACUCACAGGGCUCUGAGAAUGUACUUUGUGAAAAUAAUCAAGUCUCUGACUUAAGUACAGUGCUUCCAGAGGUGUAUAUGGCCCCAGAGGAACAGGGAGAUAAGGACGACCAAGUCAGCAAAGAAACAGAAGACUAUCUAAACAGCCUUUUGGAAGGAUGCUUAAAAGAUUCUGAAGAUUCUCUUUUAUGUGAAGAUAACCAAGAGGAAGAUUCUGAUCUUCAAGAUCUUUCUCCUGAAGAAGCAUCCUACAGUUUACAGGAGAGCCUGCCUUCUGAUGAAAGCUCUCUUUCUCUCGAUGAUCUUGCAAAAAGGAUAGAAAUUGCAGAGGUUGUUCCUGCCGAAGGACUGGUCUCAAUAUUAAAGAAGAGGAAUGAUACUGUAGGAGACCAACCAGCCCAGAUGCAGCAGAAACCAUCUAAGCGAAGAGUGAGGUUUCAAGAAAUAGACGACAGCUUGGAUCAAGAUGAAGUUGGAAGUGGUUCCUGUAUUUUACUGGUCUUGCUGUGCAUAGCGACGGUUUUCCUUAGCAUUGGAGGAACUGCAUUAUACUGCACUUUUGGUGACUUGGAGUCACCUGUUUGUGUAGACUUUGCAGACAACGUGGACUUCUAUUACACUAAGUUACUGCAGGGAAUGGCAGAAUUGAAACACUGGAUCUACCUCUCCUAGCAGCGUUCAAGUGGGACCGGCAUGCCGUCAUUGAGAAUCAAAGAGUGAAACUUUCUAAACAGCUUUUAUUUCAGGAAUUCUGUAACAUGCACCUCCCCCCCUUCCCCAGCGAGGAACCUUGAACGUCAGAAACAGCAGUGUUAAGAGGCAAUCCAGGGGAACUCUUAGAACAGUCCACCUCAUGAGGCAGAUACUGAUCUGAGCACCAUGGAUAGAAGGACUGUUCUUUGGAGAGCAUGUCCUCCGCCUCCUCGCUGCUUCCUGGUGUCCUGAGCUACACUGAGCAGAAUUUAACAGGGCAGCAUUGGAGCCAAACCAUUUGUGGCUGCCUUGAAAAGCUAAUGGUUAAAGGACACUUUUGGUUUACAUUUGUUGGUCCAAAGACAUUGCUUCCAGCCAUCAUGCAGUACAUUUGUGUGUCAUGAAAAAGGGUUACUUUAUGGUUUCAGUGUCUUUUUUUAGUUCACCUUGGGAGCUAUGUAUUUUAGGCUUUGAGCACUCUUUCCAGAUUUGUUUUCCAUUUGUGAAAUGGUUAUGUGUUUGUGUGCACGCGUGUGCGUGCGUGCGUGGAUCUUUUAGACAUUUAUCAUGAGCAAAUACCCAACAUAGAAUAACAAAGAUUAUUCUUUUCUUUCCUUUUUUUUUUUUUUUUGGUUUUUAGGGCUGCACCCACGGCAUAUAGAGGUGCCCAGGCCAGGGAUCUAAUCAGAGCUACAGCUGCUGGCCUAUGCCACAGCCACAGCCACAGCCACAGCAAGCUGCGUAUGUGACCUACACCAUAGCUCAUGGCAACACCAGAUCCUUAACCCACUGAGCGAGGCCAGGGAUCGAACCCACAACCUCAUGGUUGCUAGUCAGAUUCGUUUCCGCUGCACCAGGACAGGAACUCCAAGAUUAUUCUUUUAACAUGACUCUAGAUGUGCAGGUACAAAUCUUUCAAGAAGGCAUAAUUGUGGAAUAGAUGAAUUGUAGAAAUCUUGGCCCCCAGUUGAGGAACUGUGUCAGAUCUAUGCCAAUUAAUAUGAUUCACUAGCCAGAAAUUAAUCACAGGCCUAGAGGUAAAAUUAAAGCGCUCCCUCUGAGUCUCAGGCAACCAAGUUUCAUCAUGGAUUCAGUGCUUCCUGAUAUAAUGAGUGCUGGACUCAACUCAGUUCAUUAAACUCUUAUUGAGCACCUAUUAUGUUAAGAACCAGAAUACAAAGAUAAAUAAGAUAUUAGUUCCUAUUCUAGAUGUUUUAAUUCUGGUCUUAUGUAAAAUAAAUGAAUACUUUGGAAAAUGAAAUUAAAUCAUAUGUAAUUCAGUAUUAAUAGAUCAUACAUUCAGAUACUUGAAUGUGCAUUCAUAUAAUGGGCUUGAUUUAGACCUAUUAUGGAGUCGUUAGGCGAAAAUUCAAUCAUAAAUAGACAAACGUCUGAUUUUUAUUUAAAUCUCAAUUAGGUGGCAUUUCCUUUUCUAAGGUACAGUAGUCUAACAAUUAGGAAGCAUAGCUUUUGCUUUUUAUAUCAUUGGCAUCAUUCUAAAAGAAACAAAACAAAUGAAUUACAGGUUUUUAGCAGUGAUCAUUAUUUCAUGCUUUUCUGUUAGGAUCAUUUGAAAGAAAAAGAGAGAAUUUACUUUCUAGUUGUUACUGGCUGGUACAGUACCUCCCUUUGUGUUUCUGCUUAUUUAUUUAGACUUAUGAUUUUUAAAGGGCUUUUUGUAUAAGUUGAAAAUGUGUCAUUGAGCAUGUAUUUGAUUUUUCCAGUGCUAGCUACUUAAUUACUGUGUACUUAGCAUUUUGAUUUUCUAUAAUUGCAGCUCAGUGUGUGUUUAGGCUUGUUUAUUUUUAAAUUGAUGGUUUAUUUUUAUUCAUAAUACUCUUUGACUUAUCUCUAUCAUGUCACCAUAAACUAUAAUAUUUUCAAGGAUUAUAGAUCAAAGAUAUUUAUUUAGACGUGUACAAGAUACUGAAAUCUAGAUUCCUUAUACUUAAGGCUGAUUUUAUUAGAAGAUUAUUUUAAUGUUCUAUUAUAAAUUUUAAGAAUUUGUAUUCAAAUUGUAUGUAAAAUAUGUAAAAUGUUGAUGGUACUAUCUGAUGUGGUUCCGUAAAAGACAUUCAUAAAGUCUUCUAUGAGGGGCGUCCCCAACAUAGACAAACCUCUUCUGUUUUACCCUCUUGAUUUCUAGCUAAAGAAAUUUGGUGAUGCCGAUUUCUGCCAGUUUUAUGUCAAGAUAAAUCCUCCUGUUCACCUCUUUUUAGGUCACUACCAAAGUCCUAAGUAAUCUCUAGUGUCAUACUUGCUUAUUGGCCACCACGGCCAUUACUUCUGAAACUGAAGACUUCCUGGGAGCCUUCACACUGACAUGAAAGAACUGAGAUUGCAUUUUGGUGCUCUGGGGGUCCAGUGGAGUCUCAGGAGAAAACCACGUGUGUCCUCAACUGCUUCCCAGGGAGGGUGAGGUGAGCUCAGGAGCAUAGUGAUGUCUUGAUUUAAAAUAGGCAUGAAAUCUCAACUAGAAAAAUUAGGGCAACUUUAAUGGUCAUUUAUUGCAUGAAUUGGAGUAAGUCCAUCUGGUGAUGAGAGAAUUGUUGUCUCUCACAUAAAAAAAGUUCAUCCAGUUUUACAAUAAUGUAAUUUUUUUCUGUCCUUUGAAAGAACUAACAACUAUUUGUAACUAAUCUUCCUUAAGAACUGUAUUUGAGGGUAACAGAUCAAGCUUGUAAUUUAAAAUCUACACCAACAAAA